AUGGGUCAUCACCGCCUGAACAAUAAUUCAAGUUCAUCCGAUACUUCGCUACUGUUGGUCAACAAUAAUCACUCAAAAAAUUUAGACAAACUUACAGUCACCCAGGUUGCAUCAGAUACAUCUAUAGAGAGUUCUGGAGAAAGUGAUCAAUUCAAAGAGAAUCCUUUUUUGGACCCUCAAGUGGAAGAGUACUAUCGCGACUUGUACACUAAGUCGGGAUAUGAGAGCUAUUCCGCAUUCGAUCCUACCUUUGAAUGGACAGAAGAAGAGGAGAAAAAGGUUAUUUGGAAGUUGAACUGGAGAGUUGUCUUCACUGCAUGUCUUUUGUUUGUGAGUUUACAGGUUGAUAGAGGUAAUUUGACACAAGCAGUUUCGGACAAUCUUUUAGAUGAUUUAGGAUUGAACACAAAUGAUUACAACACGGGUAACACCAUAUUCCUUGUUAGUUUCUUGGCGGCAGAAGUUCCUUCUCAAAUGAUAUCAAAGGCGUUGGGUCCAGAUAUCUUUAUCCCAUUUCAGAUUUGUGCUUGGAGUAUCGUUGCAAUGUCCCAAGCGGCAAUGAAGGGGAAAGCUGGUUUUUACGUUACCAGAUGUUUGAUUGGGGUGUUAGAAGGUGGAUUCAUUGCCGAUUUAGUGUUGUGGUUGAGCUACUUCUUCACUAGCAAAGAAUUACCAAUUAGAUUAUCUUGGUUUUGGACAACGUUAUCCUUGGUUCAAAUUGCAACGUCUUUAAUGGCUUUCGGUAUAUUGAGACUCAAUACAUGGGGGUGGCAUGGAUGGCAAUUCCUUUUCUUGAUCGAAGGUGGAUUCACUCUAGCCAUUGGUAUUGCCUCAUGGUUCUUGAUGGUUCCCAGUGCAGUGCAAACCAAACGUUGGUGGAAUCCCAAGGGGUGGUUUACCGACAGAGAAGAGAAAAUUGUUGUCAAUCGUAUCCUCAGGGAUGAUCCCACCAAAGGGUCGAUGAACAAUCGUCAAGCCAUUGGUCCAAGAAACUUAUUUCACUGUCUUAUUGACUAUGAUAUGUGGCCAUUAUAUAUUGUUGGUAUUGUUGCUUAUAUUGGUCUGGGUACUCUAGGAACAUAUUUUACAUUAACAAACCGACAAUUGGGCUUCUCAGUAUUUGACACAAACUUGUUGACCAUACCCUCGACUGUCAUUCACAUCAUUUUUCUUUUACUGAUAUCAUGGUUUUCAGAAAGAGUGGGUGAGAGGUCAUUAGUAUGUUUGAUUGCACCACUUUAUGCGACUCCUCUAAUUGGGGUUAUCAGGUUCUGGUCCGGCUCGGGAAAAGAUAUUUGGGCGACAUGGGUUUUGAAUACAUUAUACUUGGGACAGCCGUACAUCCACGCCAUUGUGGUGGCGUGGGUGUCAAGAAAUUCAAACUCAGUCCGUAAUAGGUCAAUUUGUUCGGCGUUAUACAAUAUGUUCGUUCAGUUAGGAGGUAUUAUAUCCAACAAUAUUUACCGUGAAGAUGACAGACCAAUGUACAAGAGAGGUAACAUGCAAUUGUUUGUGAUUAGCUUGAUACUUAUUCCAGUAUUGUUGUUGGUUAAAGCAUAUUAUAUCUGGAGGAACAAGAGCAGAGACAAAAUAUGGAAUUCGAUGACUGAGGAAGAGAAGCGCAUUUAUAGAGAAACUACAAAAGAUGAAGCUAACAAGAGGUUAGACUUUAGAUUCGAACAUUGA